AUGAUCCCCGUCAUGCCCCUCGGCUUCCUCCUCAUCGCCUUCUACCUCAUAUACCACCAUGUUAUAAACCCCUACUUCCUCUCUCCACUAUCUUCAAUACCCAAUGCCCACAUUACAUCUCCUCUCUCCAGCUACUGGAUCGAUCGCAAGCGCAGCACAGGUACGGAAGUCCUCGCCAUCUACGCUCUGCACCAAAAACACGGCCCAAUCGUCCGUCUCGGUCCUAAGGAGCUGAGUGUCAAUUCUAUUCAUGGUCUGAGAAUAAUAUAUACGGGCGCUUUUGAGAAAUACUCCUUCUACAAUGAUGUCUUUGUCAACUUCAACACUGAAAACCUGGUCGGCAUGGUGCACAAUGCCCCACACGCACAUCAGAAGCGCAUGUUGAGCAAGACCUACUCCAAGUCAUUUCUCCAGGAAUCCAGUGAUCUGCGCGCUAUAUCAAAGGUUGUGCUGUGGGAGCGGUUCAUGCCUAUUCUCAAGAAGGCGGGGAAGAGUGGAGAGGUGUUGAAUGUGCUGCCGCUGUUUCAGGCUCUUGGGAUGGACUUUAUCUCCUCAUUCCUGUUCGGAUUGAGACACGGAACGAGAUAUGUGUUGAAUAUCCCUGAGUGGAAGAUAUGGCUGGAGGAGUAUGAGCGGUUCAAGUUUUUGAGUCGGGGGGACCGGUAUAUGGGUUUUAUUGAGGGGUGGUGCUUGGGGUUAUGCGAGCGGACGGAGAAGUCUAAGAAAGAGGAUGUCUUCAAAGAUGAGGAGAAGCUGCCAACCACGAAUCCAGUAGUCUACAGCCAGCUGCGCCAGAGCCUUCUAACUCAGAAAGAACACGAUCCGCGUCCGCUGGACCUAGCAAUUGCGUCCGAACUGCUGGACCACCUGGUUGCAGGCCAUGAAACGUCAGGCAUCACCUUUACGUACAUGAUGUGGGAGCUGUCGCAACAUCCCGAGCUUCAGGUCGAGCUACGAAAGGAAUUGCUCACCUUAUCUCCGUCCCUGCAAUACUCAGCCACAGAGAGAGAAACCCCCUUGCGUCUCCUUCCGUGA